GUAUAUUGCAUGAAACACCGUUUCCGUUUUUGGGCACAACUUAAUGAGAAACUUUUUACAAGUACAACCAUGUCACGUGGGUUUUCCAAAGUGCGCUCAGAUUACCACUUCCUUCAAAUAAAGCUGGUAGGCGACCCCUCGUAAAUGCAUCCCAUCAUCCUUGAGUAAUUCCUUCGCUUGGUUUAUCCAGUGUUCAGAUCAGUUUCUUCUAUAUUGCACUAUUUCUCAAUGUCUGCAGUUCUGAAAUGCCAAGAAUUUUUUUAGUGAAUAAAUGCUAUUCUCGAGUUUGAAUAUUUGAAAUGUGAGAAUUACUGACCCCGCCCACGGUCGACGCCGACGAACCCCGCCCACGGCCGACGGAACCCCGCCCACGGCUGACGCCGACGGAACCCCGCCCACGGCCGACGACCUCAUCGCUCCGCCCACAACCUCCACAGCCAGCAACCCCAGAGAAGACAGCCACACUGAGCCCUGCCGCAUCUUCACCAUCCCCCCAGACCUCCCACUGACUGAGGACGAACGAAUGGCAGCCUAUCAAAGAACGUUUACAGAUGUACAGAGAACCGUUCUCUCUGCUCAUAGGGAAUCCACGACUGAAGAUAAAAUGUCAUUUUAUGAUAGUUGGUCUGAACUCUAUGAACAGGAUGUGAUGAUUCUGGAUUAUCGUGCUCCAGUUGUGGCUGCAGAAAGUCUGGCAGCAGUAAUUCAGGAAAAUCGUGACAAAGUUUUGGUCCUGGAUGUUGCCUGUGGAACUGGACUAGUUGCUAAACAGCUGCAAAGAUUCGGUUUUCUGAACUUUCAUGGAGUGGAUGGCAGUGAAGGAAUGUUGGAAUUGGCACGGUGCAAAUCGAUAUACCAAACACUUCAGAAAUGUAUGCUGGACUCUGAGUUGCUUCCAGCAUCUUCAGACAGUUAUGAUGCUGUUGUGAUUGUUGGGGCAUUAAGUGGAGGGCAGGUCCCACCUGCCAUCCUUCCUGAACUCCAUCGUGUUACCAAACCAGGGGGCUUUGUGUGCAUGACAACCCGAAACAAUACCUCAAACCAAUUCUACAAAAAACAACUACAGGCUGUAAUAGAGGAAAUGGAACAGAACAGAUUGUGGGAAAGAGUUACAGUGCAAGAAAUAGAACAUUGGGAAAAAGCAACAGCUGAAGUUGAACAUGGUUCUACAUACAUCUCUGGGAUUAUCUAUUUAUACCAAAAAUCAAGGAGUUAGCAUUAUAGUGAAAAUAAUGAAACUCAAUCUUCAUUGAGGUUCUGUUGCUUCAGCAUAGAUCUUAAUUCAUACUGACCCAUCCGAUGUUGUGUAAAAUACAGGAUUGUUGCUAACAAAAAUUGUUCUACAAUAAAAUUGUAUUCAUAUGCUGAUUGGCAGUUGUCAUUCUAAUGUAAACAGUGUUUUACAACUGGAAUGAGUAAACUAAAUUAUUUGAAAGAAAGUAGGUAUUCCACAAUCACUGAUAACACCUUAGUUGGAGCAAGUCUAUAAAAGCAGAAAAUACUUGAAAUAUUCAGCAGGUGUGACAGCACUUUAAGAGAGACAUUCCAGAAAAGUAGAAUAGUAUUAAUAUUACUAGAAUCUGCUAUCUUUGAGGCAGACAUGUAGAGUUUAAGAACUGAAAAUAGUAGUAGGUUUCCUUUCUCUGCAUUGAAAUAUCUCUUCUUGUGUUGAUAUCACUUUUUAAAGAAGUAUCACAUUCAUCUAUGUCCAACCAAUUUGGAGCAGGUCAGCACCUACAUGUAAGUCACAAGCAUCAAUAACUACCAUGAAGGCUUCCUGA